AGCCUGGGGAAGGGGAGCUGGUGCAGGAGGUGACUGGAGCCACAGCGGCGGCAGAGGCGGCGGUGGCGACGCUCUCAGCCGUAGCAGCCAAGGCUCCAGCUCCGGCCAGGGCGGCGCAAGAGACAAAAACCGGGCUGGAAACCGGACCGAGCCGGCCCCAGCUGUGAUGCUUCCUGACUGAUGAUGUUAUAACAGUGCCGAGAAGCCAGAAGGCUGCAUUUUAUAGCUGAAUACACCUGAGUUUUCCCCACCAUCAUGGAGACCCGAAAGGAUGAAGCUGCUCAGGCCAAGGGAACAACAGUCUCUAUGGAUACCCAGGAUCAAGGGACAGAGAAAGGGGCCAAAAACAAGGCAUCUGAGGCAACAGAAAGGCCCGUGUCAGAGCCACCCUCAUCUGGUCCAGGUAGGCUGAAGAAAACUGCCAUGAAACUCUUUGGUGGCAAGAAGGGCAUCUGUACCCUGCCUAGUUUCUUUGGAGGGGGACGAAGCAAAGGUUCCGGGAAAGGCAGCUCUAAGAAGGGUCUUAGCAAGAGCAAGACCCACGAUGGCCUGAGUGAAGUAGUCCAUGACCCUGAAGACAUUGUCAGUGAAGGAACCGGCCUCUCCUUACCUUUUCCUGAGUCAUCAUCCCGACUUCCCAGCUCUCAGAGUGUCCAUGGGUCUUUGGAGACAGGCUCCAGAUGCAAGAGGUCUGUGGCUGGAGCCACAGAGAAAGCUGGAGCUGAGAAGGCUCACUUUGUGCCCAAGCCAAAAAAAGGCCUGAAAGGUUUUUUCAGUAGUAUCCGCCGUCACCGAAAGAGCAAGGUCUCUGGGGCUGAGCAAAGCAAUCCAGGAGCCAAGAAGUCUGAGGGCGCCAGAGCCAGGCCUCAUGAGUAUGUGAGCUCAGCCCUUCUGUCCCACACUGAUGAGGUCCUCCAAGCCCCAAGAAAGGAAAAUGCCAAAUCCCAAGAUGUCCCUGGGCCGAAAGUUUCUUCAAUAUCAGAGACUUCUCCAGCAGCCACUGAGAAAGCAGCCUUUAAAGAUCCAGAAAAAACCUUGGAGGCCUUUGCCUCAGCACUCUUGCAGCCCAAACCUGCCCCUGAAGCCAGUGGCCCAGAGGAGCUCCAUAGUCCAGAAACAGGGGAGAAGCUUGUGGCAGGAGAGGUAAAUCCACCCAGUGGCCCUUUAGGGGAUCAGCUGAGCCUCCUCUUUGGGGAUGUCACAUCUCUGAAGAGUUUUGACUCACUGACAGGUUGUGGUGACAUAAUAGCAGAACAGGAUAUGGAUAGUAUGACAGAUAGCAUGGCCUCUGGAGGCCAGAGGGCCAACCGAGAUGGAACCAAACGAAGUUCCUGCUUGGUGACUUACCAAGGAGGGGGCGAAGAGAUGGCCUUGCCUGAUGAUGAUGAUGAGGAAGAAGAGGAAGAGGAGGUGGAAUUAGAAGAGGGAGAAGUCAAGGAGGAAGAAGAUGAUGAUUUAGAAUAUCUGUGGGCAAGUUCCCAGAUGUACCCGAGGCCCAUACUAAAUCCAGGCUACCAUCCCACGGCAUCCCCAGGCCAUCUUGGCUACAUGCUUCUUGACCCAGUUAGGUCUUAUCCUGGCUCAGCCCCUGGAGAACUUUUGACUCCUCAGAGUGAUCAGCAAGAGUCGGCCCCCAAUAGUGACGAGGGUUAUUAUGACUCUACUACACCGGGACUUGAGGAUGAUUCAGGUGAGGCCCUGGGGCUUGUCCGCAGGGAUUGCUUGCCCCGAGACAGCUAUAGUGGUGAUGCCCUCUAUGAGUUCUAUGAGCCAGAUGAUAGUCUUGAGAACUCCCCACCUGGGGAUGACUGCCUUUAUGACCUCCAUGGUCACAGCUCUGAGAUGUUUGACCCCUUCUUGAACUUUGAGCCCUUUUCUUCCCCUCGGCCACCUGGGGCAAUGGAGACAGAGGAAGAACGGCUAGUGGCCAUCCAGAAACAGUUGCUAUAUUGGGAGCUUCAGCGGGAGCAGCGAGAGGCCCGGGAGGCAUGUGCCCAAGAGGCUCACACCAGAGAGGCCCAUGCUCGAGAGGCCCACACCCGGGAAGCUUAUGUCAGAGAGGCCCGACCUCGAGAGGCCUAUGCCAGGGAGACCUGUGGCCAAGAGGUCCGUGCUCGAGAGGCUCAAGUCCGAGAGGCCCAGGUGCGGCAGGAAAAGCCCAUCAUAGAGUAUCAAAUGAGGCCUUUAGGCCCAUCAGUGAUGGGUCUGGUGGAAGGGGCAUCAGGGGCCUCUCAGACUUCCCACAGAGGAACCACCUCAGCUUUCCCUGCCACUGCAAGCAGUGAGCCAGACUGGAGGGACUUCCGUCCUUUGGAGAAGCGUUUUGAGGGAAGCUGCUCCAAGAAAGAUCAAAGUACUUGCCUGAUGCAACUCUUCCAGAGUGACGCUAUGUUUGAGCCAGACAUGCAAGAAGCAAAUUUUGGAGGAUCUCCCAGGAGGGCCUACCCUACUUAUUCACCCCCUGAGGAGCCAGAGGAAGAGGAUGUUGAGAAGGAAGGGAAUGCUACUGUGAGUUUCUCUCAGGCCCUUGUGGAGUUCACCAGCAAUGGGAACCUCUUCUCCAGCAUGUCCUGCAGCUCUGACUCUGAUUCAUCCUUCACUCAAAACCUUCCUGAGCUGCCUCCCAUGGUGACCUUUGAUAUUGCUGAUGUGGAGCGGGAUGGGGAAGGCAAGUGUGAAGAAAAUCCUGAGUUCCACAAUGAUGAAGACCUUGCAGCCUCCUUGGAAGCUUUUGAACUGGGCUACUACCAGAAACAUGCCUUCAACAACUACCGCAGCCGAUUCUACCAAGGCCUACCCUGGGGUGUGAGCAGUCUCCCUCGAUACUUGGGACUACCUGGCAUGCACCCUCGUCCUCCACCUGCUGCCAUGGCCCUCAGCAGGAGGAGCCGCUCCCUUGACACUGCUGAGACCCUGGAGCUGGAGCUCUCCAAUUCUCACCUGACCCAAGGCUAUAUGGAGUCUGAUGAGCUUCAGGCCCAGCAAGAAGAUUCAGAUGAAGAAGAGGAGGAGGACGAAUGGGGCCGAGACAGUCCCCUGUCUCUCUAUACUGAACCUCCAGGAUCCUACGACUGGCCUGCCUGGCCUCCCUGUCCUCUCUCAGUGGGACCUGGCCAUGCCUGGAUAAGUCCUAGCCAGUUGGAUGGGCCUUCUAGCCAUCCCUAUGGGCAGGCAGUCUGUUGCAUAUCUCCUCUCACCAUGUCAAUGUUGCUGUCAGUAUCAGGGCCAGAGCCAAGGGCACCUGGGGAAUCCAAGUCUCAGCUAGCUCGGCCUUCACACCUACCCCUGCCCAUGGGCCCUUGUUAUAACCUCCAGCCAAAGGCCUCCCAAAGUGUGAGGGCCAGGCCUCCAGAUGUGCUGCUGCCUGUUGAUGAGCCCAGUUGCUCCUCCAUUUCUGGAGGCUUCAGCCCCAGCCCUGUGCCCCAGGCCAAGCCUGUGGGCAUUACUCAUGGCAUCCCUCAGCUGCCCAGGAUCCGGCCUGAGCCCCCAGAGCCUCAGCCCAUUCACUAUGGGGCUCCCAGCCUUGACCUGUCAAAGGAGAAGGCUGAGCAAGGUGCCUCUCUCCCCACCAGCUGCUCCUCCACUGCUAUGAAUGGAAAACUAGCUGAGUAGUUAUCAUCAAUUCUGGAGUGAGGGGCAUGGGGCCUGAGCAUGUGAAUGGGGAUAAGGGUUGGGCAGAGGGGUGGGGGUGGGGGUUGCUGUUUAACUUGAAAAUCCUUUUGGCCAAGGAAAGCUCCUAUGAGUUUUCACCUUUGUUUUCCCACUUCCCUUGUCUGCCAUCUGUGGCCACAUUCAGCUCAAGUACAUCUGCCCUGAGAGAUUGCUGCUUCUGUGCUCCAAUUUUUGCUUUUGGGUUUUUUCCUUGUGACCCAUGCAGGGUUUGAGAUGCUCUAAUUUUGUGCCUAUUCCAAUUGCCAAGGUAAUGAUCAUAUAUAUAUACAUAUAUAUGUAUAUAUAUAUAUAUAUAUGUAUGUAUAUAUAUUAUAUAUAUAUAUAUAUAUAUAUAUAUAUAUAUAUAUAUAUAUAUAUAUAAUGCAUCCUUGACACAGUCUGAACCCUUAGCACCUCUGCCGUUUCUCCAUCCAGUAGAUGAGCAGCCAGGUCUACACUGCCUCCCACUUGGGGACAAGGAGCUUGUUAGCUUGUUUGCUAUUAGCAGUGUGAAAUUAUGGUACAGAUCCUCCCCACUCCCACUUCCUUUGGUCUUGGCAUAGCUGCCACCAUCACAUCAGAUGUAUAAUCUAGUAGCCCCAGCUUGCUGUCCUCAGAGAGGAUCAAGUAGCAUGUGUCUCACUGCCUGUUCCUAUGGACUUAGGCAUCAUAACCAGUGAGGGUCUUCUAACCUGGCCUGCUAUAGCUUGGGUUGAAGACAAAAAUGCUAAUUUCCUUAAUGUAAUGACCAAAUUCAUCUAGUUGCAAACAAGACAAAAUAGGGUUAUAUUGUAGACACUACCAUAAGUCUUGAGCUCCAGAAUGAUAGUUUUUUUUUUCCUUCUUUGUUUCUUUAAGCUUGUGACAGCCUGAAUUGCAGAUGCUUUUGAAUUUUGGUUAUUUUUUUCUCCAAAGGAAAUUUUCGUUAUCUCAUUACAAGGAACACAUUCUUUUAAUUGAGAUACGGGAAGAGAAGUGGCCUAAACUAGGCUCGGCUGUAGGGGAUGGGAUUUUUACAGGUUGCAGGAGAAGGAUAGGAAAAGGAGAUUCAUUCAUUCUUUUCAUCAGGAGAGAGGAUUUCAUACAUUGCAGAGCUCAUGUCAACUCAGCUUCUUAAAAGGGAAAAUUGCUUUCCCCCAAAGACAAAAAGUUCCUUAAGCCUUGCCCACCCUUUCACUGGAUGCUUUAAAGAGGCUUCAUGCUAGCAUUCCCAAGAGACAGGACACCAAGGGUAUUUAGGUUGCUGUUCCAGUUUUUCUAAAGAGCCUUCAUUUUCCAAUUAGCCAAGUUCUUAGUAUCAUCAUAGGACUGGGCGUCUUGAGAGGAAAGACUGUGAUCUGCCCUUGCUCUGCCAAGCUGAAGGACUCCGAUUUGUGUGGUAAUUGCAGCCCCUUAUGGAAAGAAUGGCACCCUUAUUUCUGCAUUCACACAGUUUUCAUGUUAAACUAGCCUGGAAAUAUUGGUGAGGAAGAGUUGCUGUCAGGAAGACAUUGCAACAGGCUAAUCUUGCCAGGCUCUAUCUCUCAUUAAUCACCAAUACGGAGGGGUCCUUUUAAAUUUCACCAUUGGAAAUGGUAUAUGAAACUUUUUACCUAUAUAUGUUGACCCAAAUUAUGAUCCUUGCUCCCUUGAUCCUGUCUCCAUCCUCCACCCAUCUCCAUGCCUAUUAAGAGGUAAACAGGGCUCUUGCUAUUCCAGAAGAGAUGCUGUUGCCUGCCACCCCAAGUCAAGAUGACUUUGUGGGAAAACUGCCCCUUGGCCAUGGGAUGUAUCUGUGCUGGUCUUUGUCACCAUUUUUUGGAUUGGGGUUGGCCCAGUGCCCCUCCCCACAAAAAGUAAACCUGGAUGGUACAAGCUGUACCCCUGGAAGCACCACAUGAAUUUGCAUGGCACCAACACCAGCAUUCAAGGGAUGCAGACCAGCUCUCCAGGCUGACUUUGUCUGCAUUAUGAAGAAAUCUGUUAAUCAUGAAGCUGGAGAAUCAAAGAAGGUGAGAAAGGCCCUCCUCAACCCUAGCAAAGCAUUAAGAGAGAAGUGCCCCAAUUCUGGCUUCUCACCAAAGUUGCCCUGGGAGGGUGGGACUAGAAUUGGCCUGGCUGUUUGGCAGGAAGGAGACACUCACCAAAUGCCUUUACAACAGGGGAACGCUCACCACUUGCCUCUUCUGUCUCUGCCUGUCCUUCAGGGCAGCUCAAGCUCCUGUUUGUAUGUAGACUGUGCCAGCCACAGCAGGUAGUAGAGCCAUCACCAACCACCAGAGCCUGCUGGAUCACCAGCCUGUCUGAGAAGAGAAAAAGUAGGUGGUCAAACUUUGGCCAAGGGCUGAGAGCUGCCCUCUGUAGCACAAGGGCAGCAAGAGGUGCCACCUCUGAAGGGGGCAGUCAUAGCCCUGACACACAUUGCUGGGCUCUGGAAAGUCUCAUAUCACAGUAAGUUUUACGACUGAGCAUCAGCUCAUGGUUUGAACACUGCUGCCUGCAAGUCCUUUCACUUUCCUGGCCAGCCAGCCCAGAGACAGGAUCCUCACCACCAGAAAUAAGGCAGUCAGGGUGUAUGGCUGCAGAAGCAGGCUCCUUUGAGUCUACUCUAGAUCCAAGCAGUUCAUUUCUGAAUCCCAGCUGUGGCCUAGAAGAGGAAGGAGGACCAGCUGGAGACUUUGUGUGACAGCACAGGGUGACACUGGGAGAGCCAGCCAAGCUCUAGGCCCCUCCCCAAAAAUACACCAGUGUUUGCUUGGCUAACACCAAAUAUAUCCCAGGCUGUUAAAUGUGUAGAUGGUAAGUCCACAAAUAAACACCAUUUCAGCAUUGCAAA